CCCCCGGCUCAUUGUCCAGAGGAAACGGAUCCUGCUGCGGUCUGUAGGAGAGGUGGAAAGUGAGCCGGGGAGCAGCAUGGUUGUUGACAUCAUCAGACUGAGCAUUGGAUUACAAGCGGACUGACUGGGCCUGAGACGGGAAACACCCACCCAAACCUGGAGGUGCCUUUCAGUUGGAGCUGCAGGAGCAGGAGCGGAGACGCCUGCCUGCUCUCACCGACCCGGCGUGGGGACCCUGCCCACUUGGGCACGGGGCCACCCUGAAGCCAGCUUUCUUGAAUUCCACCUUCGAGUCUGAUCCGGACAGGCAGUUGGGGAAACGGUUUGCUCUUGCUUUCCAGACGGACUAGCCAACCGGAGAAAAUCUGAAGAGAUGCAAGCAGGCAGAAGACAGUGACCCAGCCACCAGACCCUGAUCCUCCUGCUGAUCUGGGACCAUCAGCCCUGCCGCUACUGGAGUUAGGAGAAGCCUCCGGCCUAGCACCCGGCCCACGGACUUGGAACCUGUCUAGAUUUUGACGGGCUUGUUUCUACAAUUGUACGGAGAGCGAUGCGACAGGCGUGAUGGAGGUCGAGUCCUCCUACUCGGACUUCAUCUCGUGUGACCGGACAGGCCGCCGGAACGCCGUGCCCGACAUCCAGGGAGACUCCGAGGCUGUGAGCGUGCGGAAGCUGGCCGGAGACAUGGGCGAGCUGGCCCUCGAGGGAGCAGAAGGGCAGGCGGAGGCAAGCGCCCCAGACAAGGCUGCGAGCACCCAGCCUGAGAGCAGCGAUGGGACCACCUCAUCCUGAGUCCGAGCCUGACCUGCGGCCCCUGCAGGAAGAGGAGCCCCGAGCCUCGUCUGACGCCCCUGGUCCCCACACCAGACUGAGAAGCCCACCUGGGCACAGCCCAGGCCCACCCCCCUGACACGGUCACUGCAGGGUGGCACUUAUUCAGUGGGGACUCGGGCGGGGCCCUGCCCACCGCUGUGAGCAGCCCACCCAGGAAGGAGCCUCUCCCCACCGCCCCCCGGGAGGUCUGGGCAGGGACCACGUCCCAACACCAACCCCUUCUCUCAGCCCCGACCGUUGGGGUCAAGACCUUCUUAUUCCUUUUAUAAGAACACAUUUUAAACUUUUUAAAUACUUCAAACCUUUUUUUCCAGCCGACCUGGAGGGAGCGGACA